CCUGCCCGGCGCGGCCUGCCCCAGGACAGCAAGGCCUAUGUGACCAUUCUCUAAAAUAUUUAAGCUCGAGAAUCACAGAACGGAAGCUGCAAGGUUCCUGGCUGCCUGCUGGCCGAGGGAAUCUGGAGAAACCAUUCCUGGGGCCGCGUGGCCCCGUCGUGCCCUUGUUCUGCCCUCGGAACAGCCUUCACUCGGUACACCCUGAGAACAGCCCGCUGAAGCCCAGGGUCGUGACCGUGGUGAAGCUGGGUGGGCAGCGCCCCCGAAAGAUCACCCUGCUCCUCAACAGGCGGUCCAUGCAGACGUUCGAGCAGCUCUUAGCAGACAUCUCAGAAGGCCUGGGCUCUCCCAGGUGGAAGAAUGACCGCGUGAGAAAACUAUUUAACCUCAAGGGCAGGGAAAUCAGGAGCGUCUCUGAUUUCUUCAGGGAAGGGGAUGCUUUCAUAGCAAUGGGCAAAGAACCACUGACACUGAAGAGCAUUCAGGUGGCUGUAGAAGAACUGUACCCCAACAAAGCCCGGGCCCUGACACUGGCCCAGCACAGCCGCGCCCCUUCACCAAGGCUGAGGAGCAGGCUGUAUAGCAAGGCUCUGAAAGGAGACCACCGAUGUGGGGAGACGGAGACCCCCAAGAGCUGCAGCGAGGUUGCAGGGUACAAGGCAGCCAUGAGGCACCAGGGGAAGAUCCCUGAGGAGCUCUCACUAGAUGAUAGAGCGAGGACCCAGAAGAAGUUGGGAAGGGGGAAAUGGGAGCCAGAACCCGGGAGCAAGCUGCCCAGGGAAGCCACUCUAGAAGAGAGGCACGCAAGGGAAGAGAAGCACCUCGGGGUGGAGAUUGAAAAGUCCUCGGGUGAAAUUAUCAGAUGCGAGAAGUGCAAGAGAGAGAGGGAGCUGCAGCAGAGCCUGCAGAGGGAGAGGCUUUCUCUGGGGACCAGUGAGCUGGAUAUGGAGAAGGGCCCAGUGUACGACAUGGAGAAGCUGGUUAGGACCAGAAGCUGCAGGAGGUCUCCCGAGGCAAAUCCUGCAGGUGGGGAUGAAGGAUGGAAGGGUGACAGCCACAGGAGCAGCCCCAGGAAUCCCACUCAGGAGUCAAGGAGACCCAGCAAAAGCACGGACAAGAAGGAGGACAGAGGCCCGGAGGAUCAAGAAAGCCAUGCUCAGGGAUCAGCUAAGGCCAAGAAGGACCUUGCGGAAGUUCCUCCUGUCACAGAGGAGGGGCUGAGGGAGGUGAAGAAAGACACCAGGCUCAUGAGCAGGAGCAAGCACAGUGGCUGGCUCCUGAGAGAGCACCAGGCUGGCUUUGAGAAGCUCCCCAGGACCCGAGGAGAAGAGAAGGAGGCAGAGAAGGAGAAAAAGCCGUGCGUGUCUGGAGGCAGAAAGACAAUUCUCAGAGAUGACCAACCUGCAAAGCUAGAAAAGGAGCCCAAGACGAGGCCAGAGGAGAACAAGCCAGAGCGGCCCAGCGGUCGGAAGCCGCGGCCCGUGGGCGUCAUUGCCGCCAACGUGGAGAAGCAUUAUGAGACCGGCCGGGUCAUUGGGGACGGGAACUUUGCUGUCGUGAAGGAAUGCAGGCACCGUGAGACCAGGCAGGCUUACGCGAUGAAGAUCAUCGACAAGUCCAGACUCAAGGGCAAGGAGGACAUGGUGGACAGCGAGAUCUUGAUCAUCCAGAGCCUCUCUCACCCCAACAUCGUGAAACUGCAUGAAGUCUAUGAAACAGACACGGAAAUCUACCUGAUCCUGGAGUAUGUGCAGGGAGGAGACCUUUUUGACGCCAUCAUAGAAAGCGUGAAGUUCCCGGAGCCCGACGCUGCCCUCAUGAUCAUGGACUUAUGCAAGGCCCUUGUUCACAUGCAUGACAAAAGCAUCGUCCACCGGGACCUCAAGCCGGAAAACCUUUUGGUUCAGCGAAAUGAGGACAAAUCUACUACCUUGAAGUUGGCUGAUUUUGGACUUGCAAAGCAUGUGGUGAGACCUAUAUUUACUGUGUGUGGGACCCCGACUUAUGUAGCUCCUGAAAUUCUUUCUGAGAAAGGUUAUGGACUGGAGGUGGACAUGUGGGCUGCUGGCGUGAUCCUCUAUAUCCUGCUGUGCGGCUUUCCCCCCUUCCGCAGUCCUGAGAGGGACCAGGACGAGCUCUUUAACAUCAUCCAGCUGGGCCACUUUGAGUUCCUCCCCCCUUACUGGGACAAUAUCUCUGAUGCUGCCAAAGAUCUGGUGAGCCGAUUGCUGGUGGUAGACCCCAAAAAGCGCUACACAGCUCAUCAGGUUCUUCAGCACCCCUGGAUCGAAACGGCUGGCAAGACCAAUACAGUGAAACGACAGAAGCAGGUGUCCCCCAGCAGUGAGGGCCACUUCCGGAGCCAGCACAAGAGGGUUGCUGAGCAGGUAUCAUAGUCUCCACCUUAGGAAUCUGUUCAGCCCCCAGUUCUGCUCAAGGACAGAAAAAGAUAGAAGUCUGAGGGAAAAACAAUGAAAGAGGCUUCUUCACAUAAUUGGCAAAUCAGAGGGAGAGACACUCAGUAUAUUUUAAAGCAUAUUAAAAAAAUAAACUAAGUCAAUGUUAAAUGUCACAACAUAUUUUUAGAUUUGUAUAUUUAAAGCCUUUAAUGCAUUUUUUGGGGGUAAGCGUUGUCAUUAGUGAGGAAUUUUGGUAAUAAUGAUGUGUUUUGCUUCCUCUCUGUAACCAAGGUUAUUCUGUACUACAGGAGGGGUGCCUACCAGGUCUAACUCCCCCCGUGAGAUGAAUAAGGUGCACUGUGGUCUUACUGUAUUAAUAAAAUGUGCUCUGAAUAAC